UCCGGCUUUUCCUGUGGAGAGUGAGGUUUGGCUGCCACCAAAGUUACUUCUAGUCCCUGCUGUCCCUCCUGCCCUCAGUCUGGCCCUGCCCUGGGACCCCUGCAUGUAGCCUCCCCACCCAGAGGGCCUGGAGAGCCUUAGCCAAUUGCUCUCAGAAACUCAGCUAGCUGCCUACCUCCAGUGGCUUAUGGGGCACUGUCCUGCCCAGCUCUGCUAAGAUGAUCCUGGCCUCUCCCUCGACCCAGUCCAGGGGACGGACGCCCAGCGCAGUAGAGAGACUGGAGGCCGACAAAGCCAAGUAUGUCAAGACGCACCAGGUGAUAGCGCGACGCCAGGAGCCAGCUCUGCGCGGGGGUCCUGGGCCGCUUACACCACACCCCUGCAAUGAGCUGGGGCCCCCUGCAUCGCCCAGGACGCCCAGGCCAGCCCGCCGGGGAAGCGGCAGGCGACUGCCAAGGCCCGACUCCCUCAUCUUCUACCGCCAGAAGCGGGACUGCAAGGCUUCGGUGAACAAAGAGAACGCCAAGGGCCAGGGACUGGUGCGGCGCCUCUUCCUGGGCACCCCGCGAGACGCCGCCUCGAGCAGCCCGGGCCCAACCGAGGGACCCACGGCUCCUGGGGGUUGGGUCGCGCCCCAAGAUGCCCCGGAAGCGGCGGGAAAGCGGGCACUGUGCCCCACGUGCUCGCUGCCCCUGUCAGAGAAGGAGCGCUUCUUUAACUAUUGCGGCCUGGAGCGCGCGCUGGUGGAGGUUCUGGGCGCCGAGCGUUUCUCUCCGCAAAGCUGGGGCGCCGACGUCAGCCCUCAACCCGGAACGUCCCCACCGCCCGGCUCCGGGGACGCCAGCGACUGGACGUCCAGCGAUGGCGGUGCAAAUCGCUCGGACCGUGCGGGAGGUGGCGGCGGCAGCUCGGAGGCCGCGGGCUCCGCGCGGGACGGGCGCCCUCCGGUGUCGGUGGUGGAACGCAACGCGCGCGUCAUCCAGUGGUUGUACGGCUGUCAGCGCGCCCGCGGCCCGCCGCGCGAGUCAGAGGUGUGACCGUGGCCGCUCGGGAGCGGGCUCCCGGGAAGUCUGAGGCCGGGAGAGGGGUAGGGGGUGAUCGCGGGGCUGGACCCGGGCACUGGCAGGGACGCCCUGCCUCUGAAGCGCUGGGUGCCUGUGGGCGAGCCCACCCUUCUGGAUCUCUGCUUACCCAAGUGAACCAUGGGGGCAUGGGACAAAAUUAUUCCGAAGGCCCUUCCCCAGCACAGACGGCGGAGAGGGAGGGGAUGGCCUCGUGACCGGGUCUGGGGAGUGAAAAAUGGGCUGGGAAUUCAGA